CCUUGACCUCAUUCACCCUUCACUCUGUCCCGACCGCUCUUUUUUUCUGUCCCACACAUCUAACCUACUGCUAUUCCGCCCUCUCGGCCCGUCCUACCAACCCGGAAACAUUGAGCGAGAAAUUGACGGUCCAGAAGUACGAAUGUGAGUGACUGAGUGUAAGUACAGUAUUCCGACCAAGGGAAUUUUUCUCUAGAAUUACGUCUCCUCGACUCAAAGACGUUUUGGUCCUUCCCUUUUCUUCUAUCGCCCUUUUAUGGUCCUUUGAAUAUGCCGUGAAGACCGCGUAUAUUUUAAUAACAUCAGCAAGAAGGGCAGCAGCGCCGCUCGGCUCCUUGGCCACAUUCUGUACGUUGCGCACCGGGUUGGACAAGCGCCAGGGAAUAAUAUUAGACCAGGGGAGCUAUGACGGCAAUCCGCGCGUGAGGCUCCAACUUGCGACUGGCCUUCACGAUGGGGGAAAUGUCUCGCGGAGAAGAGUUUUAUCCACCAGAUUUCGGUGGAGAAGGGCUUGAGGCGCAUGUGCGCUACUGGAGCAAGAUGCAAGAGGCCGCUUGUGCUGCACGGCCUCUCAUGGUUGGGCGGAAAUUGGUACCAGACGGGCUAUGGAACGCCGACCUAAACGAUGCGCCUGAUUUCCACUCCAAGCCAGAGGAUCAACUGCCGGGAGAUCACUGGCUUUGCAAGUAUAAACGGCCUGCCAUCACCAAUGCUCAGCGUAUCUUAAAAGAUUGCUUCACCCUGAUCGAACCGAUUCGAACAGGGACCGACGAAUAUGCUCAAGUCUGGCUUGCACAGUGUACGCCUGUCGAUCCCGACCCCAACUUGCCGGACAGGAGCAUCGUCAUCAAAUUCUUCCAAGAGAGCCUUUUCCUGAUCCCGGGAAUCUACGAGUGGACUUUGGGCGAGUACUUCAAGGCGUCGGACCUCAUUAUCAGGGAACUUUGGGCGAAUACUCGGCUAGCGACCCUUCAAGGCACGAUCUUGCCUCACUCUUAUGGCUUCUUCCAGUUUACAUUCACCUACGAAGAUGCACAGGAGCUUGUGUGCGGACAUGCGAUGGAGUUCAUCUCGGGGGAACCGCUAACGGAAUCCCUUGUGCGGCAAUCGCCAUUCUAUUCUACACCCAAGCAGCGGGAAUUGCAGAUCUCGCGAUUGUUGCACUGCAUCUCGGAGAUCCACUGGCGGUGUGUCGCGCAUGGCGAUCUGCGCCCUUCCAACAGCCUGGUGCCCCAUGAUCACCCAGAAAUCUUUGUUAUCAUCGACUUUGGUUUGGAAGGAUGGAAUGACCUUUUUGUGGGGCCCGAAUAACCGGAAAUCAA